AUGACAACAUUCACACUCAACACCGGAGCCAAGAUUCCCGCCGUGGGAUUCGGCACAUGGAAGGCAGCACCAGGAGACGCAGCAGCAGCAGUUGAAGCUGCAUUCGACGCAGGGUACCGCCAUUUCGAUUGCGCGCCGUUAUACGGUAACGAAGCCGAAAUCGGCCAAGUCUUCAAGAACACCAAAGUCCCGCGUGAAGAGUACUUUGUCACCACCAAGCUCUGGUCCUCCGACCACCGCCGCGUCGAAGAAGCCCUCAACAAGAGCCUGCGCGAUCUCUGCCUCGACUAUGUGGACCUGUACCUGAUGCACUGGCCGGUGACUCUCGACCCCGACCCGAGCGUCGAAUACGGAAAAGAAAACCGCAAGGUGCACGCCGUCGGCUGGGACUUUCGCGACACCUGGCGCGAAAUGGAGAAGCUCGUGGGAACGGGCAAGGUCCGCGCGAUCGGGGUGGCCAAUUUCUCCACCGUGAACCUCGAGACGCUCCUCUCGACGGCCUCGAUCGUGCCGGCCGUGAACCAGACGGAGAUCCAGCCGUUGCUGCCGCAGAAGAAGCUGAACGAGUACUGCAAGAAGAAGGGCAUUCACCAGACGGCUUUUGGGCCGCUAGGUGGCUCCGGAAGUACCUUGCACGAGCACCCUGUUAUUGUGAAGAUUGCGAAAACGCAUGGGUGUGAGACGGGGAAUGUGAUGCUCAGCUGGGGGAUUCAGAAAGGGUGGAGUGUUAUCCCGAAAAGUACGAAUCCGAAGAGAAUCAGGGCCAAUAUCGCGCAGAAUUUUGAGCUGAGUGCGGACGAGAUGGCUGAGAUGGAUGGGCUGGCUGAGCCGGUGGGGAAGAGGUUCAAUCGGCCGGACUGGGGGACUGUGAUAUUUCAUGAUGAUGAGGCCGUAAGGUUGGAGGACUAG